CCACAGCUGAAAGUCCACCCUGAACAUAAAGUUAGCUCAAGAAAGGUGAUUUACCAGUCCGCUAGAACCAAGGAAUCCUUCACUGUACAAGAAUUCCUAAGGAUUGCUUCAAUCCAUAAAAUCCACCCAUGCCUUCCAUUAUUGCAUGAUCCUAUUACACUUCUCAUGCACUUCUCGUCUCCACCACCUCUCCUGCCUUCUUCUCCCUUAAAUCUGCUCUCCCUUGGUCUACCUCUAUCUCAUUACUAUUCAAAUAGAAAACACCUCCCAAGUUGAGAGAGCAUUUAUUGGACAAAAGAAGAGUUCAUUUGUCACUUCUAGACGUUGGAGGAGUGAAAAAUUGUGCCGUUUGGGACAAGCCCCCUGCAUUCCCGGGAGAGAGACCGUCUCUGCCUGAGAGGGUGGUAGGUCAGCUUCGUAACGUCUCGGAUGGACACCCGAUACUCUGGCCUCCGGCGGCCGACACGCCCCGGAACCUCUCGCUACCAGCUGAGCUCCGCCGACACGCUGCAUUAGGGUCCUGCCGCCACCCGCAUCGGAGAAACUCUCGAGAUAGAAGAGCAGAGGAGGGGAGAUGGGGGUUUUUGGAGAGAGGUCGCGGUGGUGCUUCUGCUCGGGGGGAGGGAGGUCGGAGAGGGUCAAAGGUAGCAUCUUUGCCACCAAAGGCUCCGCCUUUGCCGCCAUCUCCGCCGCCGGAGGCUGCGGCGGCGGCGGCUGGGGGACUGGCUUCCUCAUCCACCGCAACCUCCUGCUCACCACCCACGCCAACCUCCCUUCUGUCGCCGCCGCCGAGGCCGCCGAGAUCCGCCUCUGCCACGGCCGCCUCCCUGCCCGCCUCGUCCCCCAUAGAUUUUUCAUUACCAGUUCUGUUCUUGAUCUUACAAUUGUGGGGCUUGACACUGUGGAUGCUGAUUCAACUUCACAGGGACAGCAUCCUCAUUACUUGAAGACCUGCAGCAACCCGAGCCUGGAUCUGGGCUGCAUGGUUUACCUUUUAGGGCGCACAGAUAAAAAGGAGCUGAUUGUUGGUGAGGGAAAAGUAGCGAUAGCCACUGACAAUCUCAUAAAACUCUCGACAGAUGGUGUGACAUGGUGCCCUGGAUCUGCUGGUUUUGAUGUCCAAGGAAAUCUUGCUUUCAUGGUCUGUGAUCCCAUGAAACUUGCCUCAUCUCCUACUGCAAGAUCGUCUUCUGCAUCUUCUUCAUCAUCACUGUCAUGGAAGAAGGAUUUACAUAUGCAGUUCGGGAUCCCAAUUCCUAUCAUCUGUGAUUGGUUGCAUCAGCACUGGGAGGGCAGCUUGGAUGAGCUCAGCAAGCCCAAGUUGCCUCUCAUUCGACUGAUGUCCUCUGGACAGAAGAGUGAGCAUUCUUGUGCUUCCUUCACCAUGCGUCAGGUAUUCAAGUCUAUCGAGGAGGAGAAUGAUGUCCCAUCAUCCUCACAGAUAGCUUCAAAAUCUACAUAUGAGACUGGAUCAAGUAGUAUAACUAAUGCAAAAGUUUCCCAAGGGGAAAACCCACCUGUUGAUUUACGUGCAGCCCAUGAGCAGGGAAUUCUGACUCCUGACAUCUUUGAAUCCCCAGGGCUGACAUCUGGGCCAGUUAGGAAGAAGGAACAUGCCCCAGUCCAGCUCUUGGAUAUUAAUUUCCCCCCAAGAGCUUCAAGAUCUAUUGUUCUACCGCUCCCUCUUUUGUUCUCUAAUGAAAAAAAUGUUGAAGAACCUAAACAUGGAAAUUCAUCGAGAGAAAAUGGUAAUGCAACAUGGGAGGUGCCACAAGCCAAUUCUGAAGCAGAUCAUAAAGUUCUCCCAGUUGGUUCAUGCCAAGAGGAUUGCUGCAGUGAGGUGCAGUCCAGUUCAUCUCCAUUGGAGGUUUCUGAAUUUCGAAAUGAGGGGGAUGGGUCUAGUAGUGGGGAGGAAACUAUGUACUCGGCUGAAACUAUGGAGAGCAGAAACUUCCCAAGUCCCAAAGAGAACAUGUUUCAGCAUGGUGGCAGGAGCCAAAGCUGCAUGAACUACAGCAGAUGGAAUUCUACUCGGAGGAACUCAAUAGCAUGUAAUGGUACUUUACAGAAGCAGCGCACCGUAAUCCCUGUGAGAAAAGCAUGCUCGCAAGCUGCGGCUUUGCCUCAAAGGAGUCAUGAUUAUUUCAGCCCGACUGUCUCCUCGAACAAGAAGAAGAGGAAUAGCUCAGAGCAGCUAAUAAGGCCCCGCCAAAGUGUUGUUCAAGUGUCUCCAAGAUGGAUGUGAUGUUCUGAUCAGUUCUUCGUCAAUGAAGAAAACAGAGAACAGCAGACUCCUUAUGUCUUCUUGGUGUUGUGUUAAACUACACCGCAAGUUGUUUUCUGAUGACAUAGUAACUACUUUUUUCUUUUUUAUUUUAUGUGCAAAAUGUUGUUAGAUGAAUAAAUGGAUCUACUCAGAAGGGUUCAGAUCUGAUGGAUAGGAAUGUUCUCUUAUUGGUGAAAGCCCUUGGAUGCACUCAAAGUCUUUCAUGUAGCAGAAUUUCUCAAAAAGCAAGCAUAUUCAUUAGUUUUAA